AUGUCCAAACUCCCAACCCACCUCCCGCGCCCGACAACCCUCCUCACAAAACGCCCAUCCCUCACACGACCAUCCACAACAACCCCAGCGCCCUACAACGCCUCAACACCAACCCAGCACGCCCAGUCCCGCGCCGCGACCUUCGUCCCCCGCCCCCGACGCCCCUACACCUUCACCCAGAUGAUCCAGCUCUCCGACGGCUCCGCCUUCACCGUCCGCACCACCUCCCCCGCGCCCCUCGUCCGCUCCGCCAAGGACUCCCGCAACCACGCCAUGUGGCAGCCCACCGACAAGUCCCUCAAGAACGUCGAGGUCGACGAGGCCGGUAAGCUGGCCGCCUUCCGAGAGCGUUUCGGUCGCGGUUUCGACCUGGCCGCCAAGCCCGAGGAGGAAGAGGCCGCCGCCGCUGCUGCUCCGGCUGCUGGCAAGGACGGUGCGGGCAAGAAGCAGGAUGCUGCCGCCGCUGCCGCUCCCGAAGAAGACCCCUACGACCUCGGCGACCUGAUCAGCGGCUACGCGGCGAAUUCCAACGUCGACCAGAGCAAACUCAACAGUGCCAAGUACGGUGUCAAGCCGAAGAACGCUUCAUAA